GCCAUACAAUUGUCCAGAUACGUUGCCGACCGGACCGGUGUGCUCUCCCUCGCAAACGUUCCUCUCAUUUGGAUAUUCUCUGCUCGCAACGAUCCACUCAUGUGGCUGACGGGUUGGAGCUAUGCUACUUUUAAUCGCUUUCAUCGAUGGGUGGCGCGUCUAUCUUUCGUUCUAGCAUUUGUGCACAGUGUUGCAUAUUCCGUCAACUUUGGCUACUACCCAGGCGAGUAUACAGAAUCUUGGAAAGAACAGUACUUUUACUGCGGCGGUAUCGCUACUACCAUCAUGGCUAUCAUCCUCGGGGCUUCCAUUUGGUAUAUCCGCGAGAAAACCUAUGAGGCCUUCCUCCUUUCGCACAUCGGCAUGGCUGUCAUAUUUCUCGUAACACUCUGGUAUCACGUCGAAGUCGAUCCUGGUGUCUUCACGGGCUGGCUAUGGCCUUGCGUGGCAGUCUGGAUAUUUGAUCGCCUUCUUCGUAUCGUACGCAUAGCACGGAUUCAUAUCAGAGCAAGAUCCAUGAACGCGAUCGCGACCUAUGACCAGGAUUCUGAGCUCAUUCGUCUGGACGUGACUGGCCUGUUUCCGAAGAAAACCUCCAUUCUAUCGCCCGGCUUGUACUACUACAUCUACAUACCCUCUGCACUACGCUUCUAUGAAAGCCAUCCAUUCACGAUCUGCUCCUGGAACUCCAACACAUCUAGCUUACCACCAUCUCCUACCAUCAACGACAAAGAGAUCGCAAAAACCACCACUACCAACGACACGUCCAUCUCCCACACCUUCCUCAUCCGCCCAUACACGAGCUUCACCAACCGCCUCCUCACUCACAUCAAGACUAAACCCUCCCCACUUAAAAUCCCAAUCCUCCUCGAAGGUCCCUACGGCACACCCAUAAACCUUCGCACUUACACCAACAUCCUAAUCCUCUGCGGCGGCUCGGGAAUCACAGCCGCAAUUUCUCACACAUACAGCAGUCUCCCCACCAAAGCCAAAAUCCUUGUAAUCUGGUCCAUACCCCAACGUCAUCUCGUCGAAGAUAUCUACGCCAAGGAACUACGUUCCGCAUCUUCACAUCCGACUAAUUUCAACUUGAAGGUUUAUUUAACUGGUGGAGCUGGUGUGGUUCACGAGGAGGAUGUUGAGAAGAAAGGUGGAGUUGCGGAGAAGAUGGAUGGGUGUGGGUAUGAGGUUUAUCAUGGUCGUCCGCCGAUCUUGGAGGUCAUGAGAAGUGUGAGGAAGGAGGCGACGCGGAACCUUGCGAUUGUGACGUGCGGUACGACGGGCUUUGCGGAUAGUUGUAGAGAAGCUGUUUGUGAGUUGCUGGGCGAGAGGGAUGGUGUUGAGGUCGGGUAUUAUAAUGAGACAAUGUUGUGGUAG